AAGGAGUCAGUCUCCUCAUCGGCUUCCACUGGCGCUCCACUUAAAAAGUGUUCUUUAUUUGCAAGAAUAUGCUAAAUGCCGGCUGCGAAAUUAAAAUACAACAAAAUAUGUUGGCUUUUAGCUAAUUUUUGUAGAGAGAGAGAGUAACAGUGUGGUGUGGAUCGGCAAAGGAAGGUCUUGGGGUUUGGGGGUGUUUGGUCAAUGAGAUUUCUCGGACUCCGGAAAUUCCUUAACUGGAGCCCUAACCGCAAUGGAAGGUGGGUCCCCUGACCAAGAGUCUAUAGGGUCUGGGGCGAGGAGGUCUAAUGUAUCAUCUGGGAGUAGGUCUCGGAAUUGCAAAGAGUUCCUCAGUAGAUUUUUGGAUAGUAAAGGACUUACUACAGAACUUGAAGAAUGGUUUGAGUUAAUAUCCAAUAGAUCAGCAUCGAAGAAGCCUGCUUUUGAUGUUCCUUUUGAGCUGAUAGACCUUCAAAAGUUCGAUUAUGCAUUGGAAGGCAUUUCGUUUCAGCAGCUGAUUCGGAUGCCCAGUGCUGUUUACGCUUCAACAUCUGAGGCUGCUGAAGCAACUGCUUAUUUUGCAGUCGAGGACUUUUUACAUGCUAGUGUGAAGGGGUUGUGGGAAGCAUUUUGGAGUCAGGAGGAGCCAAUGCCUUUUUCUGUUGCUUCUCUAUACAAUGAAAACCUGAAGUUUUAUCAGGCUGAGAAGGCAGUUGCUAAUGGAAAGCUUGGAGGUCUUUGCGGCACUUGUAUAUUGCUUAAGAAUCCCAGGCAUCCCCAUGGGAAGUGGGAUUAUAUACUUGAAUUGGCUCUUCUUAGGCCUGAUAUUGGAAGCCUUGCCAUUGAUAAUGACAGGCAGCCUUCGCCAUUGCUUCUAGGUGAGGCUCUUUUCUAUGCCAUACGCGUGUUGUUAUCAAGAAGCUUGAGUAGAUUGAAUUUCUCUGAGAGUUCAAAAUCUGUUUUUAUAAUUCUUGUUGAUUCUCAAUAUGGUGGGGUUGUCAAGGUUGAAGGUGAUGUAAAUAAGUUGGAGUUCAAUAUGAAUAAUGUCUACGGGUGUGCUGCGGAAUGGGUUAAAAGACAUUCUAAGAUUGCAGUCUCGCCAAUUGAUAGAAUCUGGAACAAGCUUGGAAAUGCGAAUUGGGGAGAUAUUGGUGUUUUACAGGUGCUUUUUGCUACCUUUCAGUCUAUCGCUCAAUUUGCGGGACUUCCGAAGCACUCAGUUGAGGAUUUAGCUGCUGACCAUGGUUCUCGCCUGCAAGCAAGAAGGGCUGAGAGGCAGAUGGGGGAUACCAAGGUGAAUGGAAAUGGUCUAUUUAGGUUCCAGCAGCGCAGUGUUUCACCAGAAAUUGUUGAAGUUCAGGAUGAGUCCGUCAAAAUUGAGUCUGAAGAAUUAAUGAAGUUAGAAGUAGGAUCUUUGAUAUGGAUGGAGGACUCAAACUGGCAAAAGGGUUACCAAAUUAACGAAGUCCAUAGUACAGGCGAACAUGUGUACUAUAUUACAUCUCCUCCUGAAGAACUAGGAAAAAGUCUCUUUUUAUAUGUUGGUUCUCAUCCUUCUCAGCUUGAACCAGCAUGGGAGGGUAUGAAUUUGUGGUACCAAGUUCAGAGACAAACUAAAAUAUUGACCAUCAUGAAACAAAAAGGUUUAUCUAGCAAGUAUCUACCUGAGUUGAUUGCAUCUGGUAGGAUUAUCCAUCCGGGUCAGUGCCAUAGAUCUAGCUCAGGAGGGAACUGCAACCACCCUUGGUGUGGCACCCCUAUUCUUGUAACAAGCCCGGUUGGUGAGACACUGACAGAUAUGGUAAGCGGAAGUCCAUUUGGGACUGAUGAAGCUAUCAGAUGUUGCCAUGACUGCUUAUCUGCACUUUCAACUGCUGCUUCGGCAGGAAUUCGGCAUGGAGACAUCAGGCCUCAGAAUGUGAUUUGUGUGAGGUCUAGUACAAGGCAUCCUUUUUUUGUUCUUAUUGGUUGGGGUCAUGCUGUUUUAGAAGAGAGGGAUCGACCUGCAAUGAACCUCCAUUUUUCGUCAACUUUUGCUCUUCAGGAGGGUAAAGUAUGUUCAGCUUCAGAUGCAGAGAGCCUUGUUUAUAUGCUUUAUUUUUGCUGUGGUGGGGAGUUACCAGAUCUUGAUUCAGUUGAGGGCGCACUGCAGUGGAGAGAGACUGCUUGGUCAAGGAGAUUGAUUCAGCAGAAAUUAGGUGAUGUGUCAACUGUGUUAAAAGCAUUUGCUGACUAUGUAGACAGUCUAUGUGGAACACCAUACCCAAUGGACUAUGCUAUUUGGUUGAGAAGGUUGAAGAGAAAUAUUCACGGGGAAGAUUAUGGAAAGGAAAUUGAUACAUCAGGAUAGAAAUUUCUCUAUGUCCCUGAAGUAAAACUGAAUCUUAUUGAUCAUUAACCUUUAUGAUUGUCGAUACUUUCAAUUUUGGCGGAAGUCUUUCAGAAAUGUGUGUUUGGUGCAUUCCGUGUCAUGAUCUCGAGUCCACUUACCUUCAGACCAAAUGUAUGGUUGAACUGUUCAGCAAUUGUUUACCAAUGUCCCGUGGAAAAACUUGAGCACCAUUCUUCCUUUCCAGGUUUGAUUAAGCUUUUGUUUGGACACAAAGUGAAAGUUCUUCGCAGUUCUGAAUAAUCAACCCCUGCUUUCAGGGUUUCCAGAUCUUUUAUCUGGUUAGAAGCUGUUCUAAAGGACAUCGUGGUGGUUUAAUGAAUUAUAUGGCAAAGGUCCAUGCAGUUAAUUGCCUUGCUCCGUUGGAUAGCAAAAGAUCAUUGCUAUCUGCACUUUUGAUGAAUUUGUUUAUGGAUCUGCUCUAUAUUUAUUAUUUCCUCUGUAAAGAUAAGAAUUGAAGUUGCCCACUGUGUAGUUGUUAUGUAUGAGAGUGGAGUUGCUUGGGCCAUCUUGUCUAGGGCAUUCAUCUUUUUCUGUAUAUGUGUGGGUGUUUCAAAGUCCGAAACGGCAUUAUCAGCCCAUUUUGUAGUUCUGUGUUCUAUAAUACAGCUUUUUUAUUCUUCA